AUGGGCUGCUGCAACAAGGAGCGAGGACUCAUAGCCGGAGCCGUGGUUGGGGCUGUGGUAGCCAUCCUGGGAGGGAUCCUCUUCCCAGUGGGGGACAGCAUUAUCAAUGAAACAGUGGAGAAGGAGUCCGUCAUUGAGCCUGGGACGACAGCUUAUGACACCUGGGUGUCGACAGGACCACCGGUGUACAGGCAGUUCUGGUUUUAUGACCUGACAAACCCACUGGAGGUUUUGGAGCACGGUGCGAAACCAGCGGUCUUGGAAAAAGGACCUUACACUUACAGGACGAGGAUCCUGCCCAGAGCAAAUGUCAUGUUCAACCCCAACGAUACCGUUUCCUUCCGGCUGCCUCUCAAUGCCAUCUUUGAGCCGUCCCUGUCGGUGGGACCAGAGGAGGACAACAUCACCUCCCUCAACUUGGGUGUGGCUGGAGCUUAUUCACUGUUUCCCAAAGGCCUUCAUUUUGUCCUGAAUAAUCUGAUAAAGCGGAGCAACUCCUCUCUGUUCCAGUACCGCACAGUCAAGGAAUUGCUGUGGGGUUACCACGACGCCAUGCUGAAUAAAACCCUGGGUGCAUUUGUACCCUUCAAUGGCACCUUUGAUGGCUACUACACUGUUUACUCUGGAAAGGAGGACAUCUCACGAGUGGGGAUUAUUGACAUGUGGAAGGGAAAGACGAGCUUGCCUUUCUGGAAGGACACAUACUGUGACAUGAUCAAUGGAACAGAUGCGUCCGCCUUCCCUCCGUUUUUGGACAAAAAGAAGCCUCUCUACUUCUUCUCAUCAGACAUCUGCAGGUCCGUGUCAGCCAGCUAUGAGAAGAGCAUAGAUCUGUUAGGGAUUGAGCUUUACCGUUACACCCUCCUGUCGUCCACCCUGGCCUCCCCUACAGUCAACCCAGACAACCAUUGCUUUUGCACGGACCCAACGACCACCAGGAACUGCACCUUGGCCGGAGUUCUGGAUAUCGGCCCCUGUAAAGAUUUAACACCUAUCUUCAUCUCUCUGCCGCACUUCCUUCAUGGCAGUCCAUACCUGCGAGAGGCCGUACUGGGUAUGAAUCCCAGCGAGGAGCACCAUCAGACCUAUUUAGACGUGGAACCUACAACCGGGUUUACUAUGAGAUUCGCUAAAAGAAUUCAAGUGAAUAUGAUGUACGGGCCAUCGAAAGUCAUCACGGUGCUUAACAAAGUCAAGGAUUACACUAUAUUCCCAAUCCUCUGGAUGAACGAGAUGGGCGAGUUGGAUCAGGCAACGGCCGACAUGUUCAAGAAGGAGCUCAUCUCCCGUAUCAACAUGCUGGAGACGAUAAAGCAGGUGCUGCUUGGCCUCGGUUUGUCCGUCUUCGCCGUGUGUCUCGGCUGCUACCUUGCGGUGAGGAAGCGACGCUGCAUGUCCAACACCUCGAGCAACAGCAGGAGAUACCGUCCAAUGAGAGCUCCCCACACCCACCUCCUCGUCCGCCCGUACAUCCGCAGUGCAGCUCUGCAGUUUGAGAUGAGCGUUGGCAAAUGGGGAUUUUGUAACCGCCUGGUGUGA